AUGUUCACUUCUUCCUUGACUUAGCUAUAUCUUAGAAGACUUUUCAAUUAGCAACUUCUUAACUAGAAUUUAAAGCAAUUUUCUACCUUUCCCAAAUUGAGAGGUACUUCUAUAUAGAUAUCAAGUUAAAAACCUCCAAAGAUUAGAAUACCAGUUAAUAACUAAAUUAAAUAUGACUUUAGUUUACUUGAUGAUGAAACAGUGGCGUAAUUUGAAGCUAAGGUCAAAUAAGAAACUGGACUGAAAAGUUUUAAACUUCACACUCAAGAAAAUGAAGAAGUACCAGACUAGAAGAUUGAAGAAUUGCUAAAGAGAAAGUUUUAGAUGUAAGUGAACUAAAACAGAUAUGAUGUUUAUCCACUUUUUGAAACAAUGGUUGAUAAAAACGUAUCUGGAGAUUCUCAAAAGAUCAUUGAUUAAGUUUUCAAUGGCAAGUCGAUUCCUAUUUCAAGAAGAGUUAUCUUGUAUCACUAUUUUGCUUCAAUCAUUAAGAAUCUUCAAGGCACAAACAAGGCUUUGAACCAAUAGGAAAUCGAAAAAGCUCUUCAAUAGGGACUUGAUGACUACGUUAAGUCAUACAAAUCAUAAAUCUAUGAAAAUCCUCUUGAACAACUAAAAAAUGCUGAAAAAGAACUUGGUGACCUCAAGGAUAAACAAAAGCAAUUGCACCUACGCUCAUAUAAGUACGCCUCUAUGGUCCUUUAUGGAGCCUUCUCGAUGGCUGCAGCUCAACUUGGUGGUAUGGGAUACUUAAUUUUCAUUAAAUUUUCUUGGGAGGUAAUGGAACCAGUGACAUAUAUGGUUUCUGCUUUUUAUGCAACUGUUGGAGCACUUUAUUAUCUAAUCUACAAAAGCGAUUUUGAAAUGGCCUCCGCUCACGAAUUGUUUUAGGAUAAAAAAUAUAAUUAACUCAUUAAGAGUACAAAGUUUGACGAGUAGAAAAUUGAAUUUUUAGAAAGUUACAUCAAAGACCUUAGAGACCAACUUGGAAUUUUACAGAAUGAAGGAGAAAAGUUCGAAGAGGAGCAUUCAAAGCAAUGA